GAGGAAGCACGCCCGUUAGGGUCCUCUUGUAGAAAUGGUUGGACCGAUAUUCAAUGCUGUAUACGAUCCGUUACCGCUUCACAUCGAGCACUUUCUAGAUCAGCACCAGCGUGUCCUAUUUGUGGCAUUCGGGCAACAUACAUUGGCUAAAGAGCACGAGACAAAACAACUUCUUGCAAUGCUAUUACAUAUGCAAGAGACCCAUUUAAUUGAUGGAUUCAUUCGGGGCUCAGGAACAUCACAUCUGCCAAAUCAUCCUUCGGCUAUUACGUUUUUGACACACGGUGGCGGGAUGUCCUUAUUCGAGGCACUUUAUGCGGGCAAGCGCACGAUUAUCCGACCGUUUGUUCACGACCAACCUGCAAACGCCUUUCACUUUGAGCAUACGCAGCUUGGCGGGUACCUGAAUAUGGACGAUCACAACGGCAUAGAUAACGUCAUUCAGAAAAACGUGGAUCAAUACCAAGCUAUAUUUCAAAUCCAUGCCCAGCGUGGCGUUGACCGAGGAGCCGAUUUGGUCGAAGAAGUCCUUUUUAUUAGUGUAGAAAGUGUCUGA